GGCGGCGGGAGGCGGGUUUUCUCUGGCCGCCAGGCGGCUGUGGACUCAGCUCCGCGGCUGAGGGAGGCCCCGUGGGUGCGUGUGCUGCGCUGUGGCUGCCGCUGUGAGGGGACACGAGCGAGCUCGGAAGCCGCGACAUGGUGAGCGCGGGGCCGCUGUCCCAGGCGGAGAGGAGUGGCAGCCAUUGGUAGCAUUCUGCUUCUGCAGAGCUAGGCCCGCUACGGCUGGCGGCGACUAGGUCGCUGCCGCUAAGUAGCUCCGCCCUUCGGCCGCGCCUGCGCAGAGCUCAGGCGCCGGAGGGCAGACCCCGCCUUCCGUGUCGAUGACGUCACGACCACAAAGCGGUAUUUGCGUUGUACCUGGAGGCUGCUUGCUUAACUCAAGGCCUCGGUGAGCUUUGAGGACGUGGCUGUGCACUUCACCCAGGACGAGUGGGCUUUGCUGGAUUCUUCCCAGAAGAGUCUGUACAGAGAUGUGAUGCUGGAGACCUGCAGGAGCCUCGCUGCGAUAGGAAACAGAUGGGAAGAGGAGAAUGUUGAAGAUCAUUAUAAAAAUCCCUGGAGAAAUAUGAGAGGUUUCAUGUUAGAGACCCCCUGUGAGAGGACAGAAGAUGAUGAGGUUGAAGAAACUCUGACAUGGAUAGCAAAUCUUCAUACAAGCAUGACAGUUUUUCCAGGACUAACACCAUAUGAAUCCAGUGUAUGUGAGAAGGCUUCAACGAAUCAUUCCUCCUCUGAUAAGCAUGCUGCAUCGCUCCCUUGUUAUAAACCACAUGAGCAUGAGGAAUGUGGAGCCAAGCAAUAUGACUUGAACUCUCUCACCAGCUUUCAAAGGUGUACGGAAGCCCACACUGGGAAUGGGCCUUGUGGAUGUGAGGUGUGCUUAAGAUCUUCCUGUUUUCCAAAUUCAUUAGGAAUAAGGCAAAAGGCUCACAGUGGAAAAACACCUCAUCAAUACAAGGAGUGUGAAAAGACCUCUGUUUAUGCACACGGAGGAAGCCCCACUACGGGAAAAUUUUAUGAAUGUAAUAUAUGUGGAAAAGCCUUGAGUUCCUCUACUUCCCUUCAAAGACAUGUAAUAAUUCAUACCGAAAGACUCUAUGAAUGUACAUAUUGUGGUAAAGCUUUUAGAUAUCCCAAAUACCUUCGAUUACAUGAAAGAAUUCAUACUGGAGAGAAACCCUAUGAAUGUAAACAGUGUGGGAAAACCUUUAGAUUUCCGGGUGCCUUGCCAUUACAUGAAAAAAUUCACACUGGAGAGAAACCCUAUGAAUGUAAACAGUGUGGGAAAGCCUUUAGAUUUCCUGGUUCCUUGCCACUGCAUGAAAAAAUACAUACUGGAGAAAAGCCUUAUGAGUGUAAACAGUGUGGGAAAGCCUUUAGGCGUCAUUAUCAUCUUCAGUUACAUGAAAAAAUUCAUACUGGAGAGAAGCCCUAUGAGUGUAAACAGUGUGGGAAAGCCUUCAGACGGCACAGUCAUCUUCAGAGACAUGAACGGACCCAUGCUGGAGAGAAACCCUAUGAAUGUAAAUAACAUGCUAAAGCCUCUAUACUUUUUUUUUUUUUUUUUUUGAGACAGGGUUUCUCUGUGUAGCCCUGGCUGUCCUGGAACUCACUCUGUAGACCAGGCUGGCCUCGAACUCAGAAAUCCACCUUCCUCUGCCUCCCGAGUGCUGGGAUUAAAGGCAUGGGCCACCACUGCCCGGCGCCUCUACACUUCUUAGUUAUCUUCUGUUACAUGAAAAAAUUCAUACUGGAGAAAAAAAAUGCUGUCAGUGUAAACAGUGUUGGAAAACCUUGCACUUACAUGAGAUCAUUCUUAUUAGACACAAACCCUAUGAAGUAGACACUGUAAUGAGGUCUUUAGAUAUGCUUGUCAUCUUCAGUUUCAUAAAAAAAUACUGGAGAAAGCUGUAUGAAUGUGGACAUUGUGGUGGAGCUCUUAGGUAUUACACAUGACAGUGACAACUCAUGCUGGAAGGAAGUCCUCGGAAUGUAAAUAGUAUGGCCAAAUGCCACACACCGCAGUGUUCUGUUGUCGAAAGAAAGUAUUUCAAUCCUAACCCCGGGGUUUCUGUUCCACCUUUGCUAUUUAAGUUCCCAGAUGAUAGGUACAUACAACCUUUAUAUUUAUAAUAAACCUCAAGCAACACAAGAGCUGGGCAGACACCAUUUUCUAUAUUGUUGGAAUCUACUUUCCUACCUAUAAGCCUGAGUUAUUGAUUACUACUUACUAUGAUUCAUCUUAGGAAGUAAUCAUAAGGCUGCUCUUAACUCCCAUUGGCCAGCCCUCAGGGCUAUGUUCUUCUGACUUCUAACCCAUGGCGGCUUCUCCUUCCUCAUCCUGCACUCUUAUUCCUCCUCAUGGUCCCUCUCUGACCCUAAGCCUACAAAACCUAAAACCCCACCUAUGUCCCUUUUACCCAACUAUUAACUGUUAACAUCUUUAUUUACCAAUCAAAAAUAACUUGGAGACAAAGCCACUCUCACGUCUCCGAGACAACCGAUCUUAAGGGCCCCAAAUUAACAUUAAAAUACAAACAACAUUAGGCCAACCCACUUCAGUGGUCUUCAGAUAUAACUCACAUGUGAGAAAAACUAUAUUAUAUAUAUAAAAUUCUCAUUUGUAUAGAACAGAUCUCUUCAGUUCUUUCAUACUCAAUAAAACUCUAAGAACAUAAA